GUGAGUUGCAAACUCCGCCCCGGAGGCCGGUGCCGACUGCCUGCCGCGCUGGGACCGCGGCGACCCGCAAGAGCGUAGACCGAGACCCGGCACCCGGGCCGGGGACCAGCAGCGGCGCCCAGCAAGGGCCGAACACCGGGUUCUCGGCCACUGAGCUGGUCCGAGCCGCAACUGCAGCGCCGCGCGGCUGGGCCGAGGAGCGCGCCAGCCGGUGCCCGCUCCCAGCCGCUUCCUCCCUGCCCACCGCCUCCCCCAGCCCGCUGGUCUCCGGGUUCUCCUGGGUCUCCGCACCGCCGGGUCGGAGUCAGUGGGCGGCGGGCCCCACUUUGCCAGGGGACAGCGGGACCGACCCUCGGGUUCCUGCACCACCACUGAGCCCCCGUCCCAGCCCCCGCGUGAGCGCCCUCCAGGGCGUCUUUUGGGGGCCCUCCCCUCGUCCCCAAGGCUGUCAGGAUGGUGUCCUGGAUGAUCUGUCGCCUGGUGGUACUGGUGUUUGGGAUGCUGUAUCCAGCUUAUGCGUCCUACAAGGCCGUGAAGACCAAGAACAUUCGUGAAUAUGUUCGGUGGAUGAUGUACUGGAUCAUCUUUGCAAUCUUCAUGGCAGCCGAGACCUUCACAGACAUCUUUAUCUCCUGGUUCCCUUUCUAUUAUGAGAUCAAGAUGGCCUUUGUUCUGUGGCUGCUUUCGCCCUACACGAAGGGGGCCAGCCUACUUUACCGAAAGUUCGUCCACCCAUCCCUAUCCCGUCAUGAGAAGGAGAUCGACACGUACAUUGUUCAGGCCAAAGAGCGCAGCUACGAGACAGUGCUCAGCCUCGGGAAGCGCAGUCUCAACAUUGCUGCAUCCGCUGCUGUACAGGCUGCCACCAAGAGUCAGGGCGCACUGGCCGGUCGCCUGCGGAGCUUUUCCAUGCAGGACCUGCGCUCCAUCCCCGACACCCCUGCCCCUACCUACCAGGACCCCCUCUACCUGGAAGACCAGGUACCCCACAGGAGGCCACCCAUUGGGUACCGGGCAGGGGGCCUGCAGGACAGUGACACAGAGGAGGGGGGUUGGUCGGAUACCGAGGUAGUCCCCCAGCCACCAGCGCGGCCCCGGGAGAAGCCCCUGAGCCGAAGCCAGAGCCUGCGUGUGGUCAAGAGGAAGCCGCUGGUCCGGGAGGUCGGUGGCAAGGAGGGUGUAAGGGUGGUGGGUGGGCCACACCACAGCCCACACCUCCCACAGUAUACCUGCUCUCUCCCCAGGGCACCUCACGCUCCCUGAAGGUCCGAACUCGGAAAAAGACUGUGCCCUCAGACAUGGACAGCUAGGGUCUGCGGAGUCAGCCCAGUCUUACCUCAGGCCCUGCAGGUGCCGGGCUAGGUGCAGGGCUCCUUUGGCUGCACACUGGCUGGCCUGCACCGGCUACCUGGGUCCCACCCCUCCUGGCUCCUGCGUUUGCCUUAGAGCCAGGGCAGAGGCUGUGCGUCCUGCUGUGGACGCACCCACAGUGUCAGAGCUGGCUGGGCCCAGGGUUCUAUUUAUUGCCUUCCUCCGCCCUCUGCCUUCUCAGGUAUGGGACCAGAGCCCCCCAAAACUGCUA